AUGGAGAAUCCCCCUCCUUGGCCAAAAGCAUUUUUACCCCCCAAAGCACACAACUCGGCUGAAGGUAAGGAGAAACCCUGGGUCCACCGCCAGACUCUAGGGGCAGGUCUCCAGGCUGCCGCGCGCAAGCCUCCCAAUCCGGCCAAGGUCUAUGAUGUGAGACAGGGUGCGCCUUCGCCACCGCUCACGUCCACGGAGCCUUCUACAGAGAGAGGGCUCCUGACAGCAGAGGGAAGGACUGUUACAAACAAAACGGAGAUUCCUGAACUCCUGAGGGCCCUCUGGCUGCCCAAGGCCCCAGCCAUCAUCCACUGUCUGGGGCACCAAAAGGCAGACACGCCAGUAGCCAGGGGAAUCCGGGGAGCCGAUUUAAAAGCAAAGGAGGCCGCCCUUUUGGUGACCCAGGUCUUAGCAACCACGCUACCCGAUCCGGGGGCACGGACCCUGCUCGACACCCCCAACUAUACUGAUGCUGACUUACACUGGAUCAAAUGCUUGCCCGUGACCCAGUGCUUGCGUGGCUGGUGGAGGGGCGCAGACUCCAGCAUCAUCCUGCCAGAGGAACUAGGACAGCGAGUCCUAUCCAAAAUGCAUCGGAGCACUCACAUGGGGACAAGGAAGAUGGAAGACCUCACACGACAUGCAAAGAUCACUAUUAAAGACUCUCGAGCAAAGAUCGAGCAGAUUGUGGCGAGCUGCCACGCAUGCCAGUUAACUAAUGCCACCGCCCAUGGAUCUAACCUGGCACCCGGCUCCGGGGGCUACAGCCCAGGAGCCUACUGGGAAGUGGACUUCACUGAGGUAAAACCUGGAAAAUGUGGGUACAAGUAUUUACUAGUGUUUGUAGAUACUUUUUCAGGAUGGACAGAGGCAUUUCCUACCAAACAUGAAACAGCACAGACCGUGACCAAGAAACUGCUGGAAGACAUCUUACCGAGGUAUGGUUUUCCUGUUAGGAUUGGAUCAGACAACGGCCCAGGAUUCGUCUCUAAGGUGUGGCCUAAGCUGAGGGCCCUCUCCGAGACUGGGCCAUCCCCAGACCCCCAUCGAUACCGGCCAGGUGACUGGGUGUACGUGCGGAGAUACCAACACCAGACACUUCAGCCUCGCUGGAAGGGACCUUACAUCGUGAUCCUGACCACUCCCACCGCUCUCAAGGUCGACGGGAUUACUCCCUGGGUCCACUACACCCAUGUCCAGCCAGCUGACCCACACGCCGUUCUCAAGGACUUUGUUCCAGAACGGAAAGGCCAACCGGACAAGGACAAUCCCCUAAAGCUAAGACUGUGCCGUUCUCACUUAUUUCCCACCUCCAAGACUCCCUAGUCUGAGGUUGUCCUUCAAAAUAAAAGGGGAUUAUACUUAGUCUUCUUACAACAAAGGGGGGGCGGGUUAUGUGCUGCCUUAAACGUAGGAUGUUGCUUCUUCACUGAAAUGUAAAUGGGAGCGAGAGCAGCAAUAAGGUGGUUCGAAUCCUGGUUUAAUCAUUCCCCCUGGCUGACUACCAUGUUAUCCUCCCUGGCCGGCCCACUCGUCAUCCGCCUCCUCUUUCCAACCUUUGGACCCUGCCUCAUUAAUAGACCAGUAGCGUUUGUCAAGGACCAAGUCAAUACAGUCCGACUCAUGGUACUCAGGCAACAGUGCCAACCACUGCCUCUUUCGACAGAAACCCAGAACCAUGAUUGGGUCCUGCAUAGGAUCCUCUGAAAAAGGGGGGGAUGUGGGACCCAGGAAAUUUAACAGAAAUCCCCUACCC